AUGUCUGAUGCCAUGGCCUCUGACCCAACAGCCGGACAGACGAAGCAAGAGCCGCCCCCUUCAGGGGAGCAGCCGGUGAAGCAGGAGCCGCAGCCUGAUGCGGUACAGUAUGCAGACUUCCUUCAGUGGAAAGAACAACAGGAGAAAGCCAAGAAGGCGGCUGCGGGCGACAAGAACCCUGGCAGCCCGAAGAAGGCAAAGAUGGAUGACUCCGACUUGGAAAUCUUCAAGCUACAAAUCAUAGAACUGGAUCUACAAUGGGAUGAGAUGGAACCAGCGCUGCGGGACAAGCUGCGGCUGAGCGAGCAAGCCCGGAGGAAGCGGCAACCAACCGCAGACACGACUUCGAGGCGACCUCUUCGGACACUGUAA